CAGCGGUCGGGAGCGCUGCUGGCAGGUGACCGAGAGAGGUCGGCGCGCUCCGCGUCCCGUCCGCCGCGCGCCUGGGUCGGGCCGGGCUCGGAGCCCCAGCCAUGCUGUUCUGGCACACGCAGCCCGAGCACUACAACCAGCACAACUCCGGCAGCUACCUGCGGGAUUUGACUAGUGCUCUUCAAAGGGAAAACGACGUCCUCGCUCUGCCCAUCUUCAAGCAAGAGGAGCCCCAGCUGUCCCCCGAGAACGAGGCCCGCCUGCCGCCCCUGCAGUAUGUGCUGUGUGCCGCCACGUCCCCAGCUGUGAAGCUGCACGAAGAGACUCUGACCUACCUCAACCAAGGUCAGUCUUAUGAAAUCCGACUGCUGGAGAAUCGGAAGCUGGGAGAUUUUCAGGAUCUGAACACAAAAUACGUGAAGAGCAUCAUCCGCGUGCUGUUCCACGACCGGCGGCUGCAGUACACAGAGCACCAGCAGCUGGAGGGCUGGCGGUGGAGCCGGCCCGGGGACCGCAUCCUGGACAUCGAUAUUCCACUGUCUGUUGGUAUCUUGGACCCCAGGGCCAGCCCGACCCAGCUGAAUGCAGUUGAGUUUUUGUGGGACCCUUCGAAGAGAGCGUCUGCUUUCAUUCAGGUGCACUGCAUCAGCACAGAGUUCACCCCGAGGAAGCACGGGGGCGAGAAGGGCGUGCCCUUUCGGGUGCAGAUCGAUACCUUCAAGCAGAAUGAGAAUGGGGAGUACACGGAGCACUUGCACUCGGCCAGCUGCCAGAUCAAGGUGUUCAAGCCAAAGGGAGCUGACCGGAAGCAGAAGACUGACCGAGAGAAGAUGGAGAAAAGAACGGCCCAAGAGAAGGAGAAGUACCAGCCGUCCUGUGAAACCACCGUCCUCUCAGAGUGCUCCCCGUGGCCCGACGUGGUUUACCAGGUGAACAGUGCCUCGUCCCCAAGCUACAACGGCUCUCCGAACAGCUUCGGCCUUGGCGAAGGCAACAGCUCCCCAACCCACCCGGUGGAGGCCCUGCCCGUGGGCAGUGACCACCUGCUCCCCUCGGCCUCCAUGCAGGACGCCCAGCAGUGGCUCCACCGCAACAGGUUCUCCCAGUUUUGCCGGCUCUUCGCCAGCUUCUCGGGUGCUGACCUGCUAAAGAUGUCCCGUGAUGACCUGGUCCAGAUCUGCGGCCCUGCAGAUGGGAUCCGGCUCUUUAACGCCAUCAAAGGCAGGAACGUGAGGCCGAAGAUGACCAUUUACGUCUGCCAGGAGCUGGAGCAGAGCCGCGUGCCCCUGCAGCAGAAGCGGGACGGCGGCGGGGACCCCAAUCUGUGUGUGUACCACGCCAUCUUCCUGGAGGAGCUGACCACCUUGGAGCUGAUCGAGAAGAUCGCCAACCUGUACAGCAUCUCCCCGCAGCACAUCCAUCGGGUGUACCGGCAGGGCCCCACCGGCAUCCACGUGGUGGUCAGCAACGAGAUGGUGCAGAAUUUCCAAGACGAAUCCUGUUUCAUCCUCAGUACCUUAAAAGAACCCCGUGUUUGUCUCUUGCAGCCGAGAGCAAUGACGGCUACCACGUCAUCCUGAAAUGUGGCCUCUGAGCAGGAGACGAGCAGGCAGCCGCCUCCUACCCUCAGCCCCGCGGACCCCCUUGGAUGUAGAAAUCGCACCCUCGGAAGCUGCGGCGAGGAGGGGCCUGGCCCAGCCCGUGAAAACCACAGACCAACCCCCAGCCGAGACCCUCGGAGGCCAUGUCUCUGGUGGGCAGAAAGCCUGCCCCUCCUCCUAGUCCCAGCUUGGGAGCGGUUCCUUGUUCUCCUUCCCAGCCCUGCCGUUCUGAAGAGGCCGACGGCGGGGCAUCUCCUCUGAUGCUCCCCUAGUUGGAGGCUAGCUCACCGGGUACCUGGGUGCCACCUGUACUGGUCCCUGCCCUCGCCCUCUUCUCUGGUAACUGGCUCGGCGAUGGGGCUGCUGACGAUGUGGGGGUGCUUUGCGACUGUUCUCCUGUCUUCGUGUCGGCUUCCCGUCUCAGGGACCCUGGUGAGCGUCCGUCUUUGCUGUUACUGGGUGGAUUGAUGGGAGUUGGGUUUCUUCUGUGCCCUCUGCUUCUUUCACGUUUACCUUGAUUCUAAGGGUCUGCUGCUGCUCAGAGCCCGGAGGUGGGCUCGCAUCUCUUCAUUGCCGGGGUAGACACACCACGGGGUCACACAGACCUAGUUCUAAGGGCCUUGGGAGGGAUGGGGGGAGGCUAGAAAGACUAAUUUUAGGCACAUUCUCAUGAACAUAAAAGGGAAGAGAACCAAAUGAUUCCUCUUGAGCUCCUUCGGUAUAAUUUUAUUUCCUAAGCAAUCGUGGGUAAAGGAGGACUAGGAAAUGAGCAUUCCAUCGUAGGAUCACAUGACCUUGACUAUCCCGACACCAGGCCCUCUUGGAUGGACUCAGCAAAUCCCAUUUAGAGAAGACCUCCAAACUUGCCAAGCUCCCUGGAGACAUUGUAUCUUCUGGGAGGGCUCCCCUUUAAAUGUGUCUCUUUUUUCAUUUGUAGAGGGUGUGUUUGGGGCAUUUCACCUGCACUGGAAUGGUUGGAUCACCUCUCUUAGUGGCCUAACUUUGGGGAAAUUUGAAUAUCAGUAACCAGUAGACUCAGGAAUUAGUCUUUGUCUCUGUUUCCUGGGACCCACUGAUCUGUACUGGCCCCGGGCUUCAACUCUUUGCUCAUGUAAGUUCAACUUACAAAGCAUAGUGAGCGCUCUGACCAACUGAGUAGGACUUGACAGCUUUUAAAGUGGAGCUUUGGGGGAAUAUAGAGAUGAUCAGAAUGGGUAGACCUUGUUUUACAGAUGGAGAAACCAAAGCCCAGAGGGGCAGAGCCACCUGCCUGAUAUCGCAUAGUGAUAGGGUAAUGACAUAAAUUUGUCAUCUAAAUAAACCAGGACACUUCUGCGAGUGAAAGGGGCUCUAGCAAUAAGUACGUUGGGCCAACAGGUGUGGUGUCCUGCGGUGUAAGGACAAGCUUCUGAUUCCCUCUCCUUUUUGGGGGUGGGAGGAGGAGCACAUAACAGUUUUAUUGAGAUAUGAUUCACAUACUGUACAAUUGACCCGUUUAUAGUGUACAGUUCUAUGAUUUUUUAGCCAAUUCACAGAAUCACCACAUCAAUUUUAGAACAUUUUCAUCAUCCCUAAGAGAAACCCUGUACCCUUGGCAAGUACUCUCCUAUUUUCCUUACAAUUUCUCUAGUCCUAGGCAACCACAAAUCUUCUUUCUGUAUAGGUUGGCCUAUACUGGACAUUUCACUUAUGUGGAAUCAUACAAUAUGUGGUUUUUUGUGACUAGCUUUUUUUUCACUUAACGUAGUGUUUUCUAGGGUCAUCCAUAUUGAACAUAUGUCAGUACUGCCGUCCUUUUUAUAGCUUAAUAAUAUUUCAUUCUAUGGCUAUACCACAUUUGUUUAUCCAUCCAUCAUUUGAUGGAUAUUUGAGUUGUUUCUACCUUGGGGCUAUUAUGAAUAAUGCUGCUAUGAACAUAUUUGUACACGGUUUGGUGUAUACCUAUGUUUUCUUUUAGGAAUAUACAUAUGAGUGGAAUUGCUGGGUCAUAUAGUAACUCUAUGUUUAAUAACUUUUUGAGGAACUGCCAGACUGUUUUCCAAAGCAGCUGCGUCAUUUUACAUUCCCGUCAGCAGUGUACGAGGCUCCCAGUUUCUCUACAUACUGAUCAACACUUGCUACUAUCUGUCAUUUUGAUUAUAGCAUCCCAGUGGGUGUGACGUGGUGUCUCAUCGUGGUUUCGAUUUGCAUUUCCCUGAUGGCUAAUGAUGUUGAGCAUUUCUUCAUGUGCUUACUGGCCAUUCGUACAUCUUCUUUGGAGAAAUGUCUGUUCACCUCUUUUGCCUAUUUUCAGUUGGCUUAUUUGUCUUUUUAUUAUUGAGUCACCUCUUUUGCCUAUUUUCAGUUGGCUUAUUUGUCUUUUUAUUAUUGAGUCGUAUGAGUUCUUUGUAUAUUCUAGAUGCAGGUCCUUUAUCAGAUAUAUUAGGUGUCAAAAUGUUCUCCACUUCUGUGGGUUGCCUUCACUUUCUUAUAAUGACCUCUGAAGGGCAAAAGUUUUUAAUUUUGAUGAUGUCUAAGACACCUAUUUUUUCUCUUGUUGCUUAUACUUUCAGUGUCCUAUAUAAGAAACUAUCGCCUAACCCAGGGUCAAGAAGAUUUAUGCUUAUGUUUUCUUCUAAGAAUUUUGAUAGUUUUAGCUCUCCAAUAGUCUUUGAUUAAUUUUGAGUUAAUUUUUAUAUGUGGUGUGAGGUAGGGGGUCCAACUUCAUUCUUUUGCAUGUAGAUAUCCAGCUGUCCGAGCACCAGUUGUUGAAAAGACUAUUGGAAUCCCCAUAGAAUUGCCUUCAUACCGUUGCUAACGGCUCCUGAUUCUUACUGGAUCUUUUUUUUUGUGACAUGGGGCUGUCAUUAGGAAGCUCACCCUUUUUUUUUUUUUUUUUUAAACUCAGCCCACGUUUGGCUCCUCCAUUUUUAUACCUGGCUUUCUAUUCUCUUCUUGCUGUCUCCCCCUUUCCCUGUCUCAACAGUACUGGGUCACAUCACUCUCUGGUGUUCUGCAACCUUUCUGGGUGCGUAGCUCCACACGUCAGUUCUAGGGGAUCAAGACCAGUCAUUUCCUUUUUUGAGGAGACAGAGUCGCACAGAAGUGGAAUAACUUGCUCAGGGUCCCCCAGAUCCAGGACUAGACUGUUGACCUUGUGACUGCUGGCUUUUCAAGGUGUCUGCCAUUCACUAGACCCAAGAGAUGCCACUACCCAGACCCAAGUGAUGGCAGGCUAAAAUCUUAAUUCUAAAAAUGUGGUAGGCUACUAUUUUUAUUUCUUCAUUCCAGAUGAGGGUCUAAUCAGGAUCUGGUACCUUAAGUUUGCUGUAGGUAGAGUCUUCUGUUCUCUGGAAUGCACACUGCGUCUGCUCUGCUUAUCUUCUCCUAGUGGUUAUAGCUCAGUUUUGUAGCUUACAGAGAAGUAGAAAAUAAUAAAUACAAAAAAAGAAUACACAUAGUCAUUUGGUACCAAAAUGUUUUCGCCGCCCAAAUCAGCAGCUCGUCCCUUCCACAGGGGCCAGCUGAGCUAGCUGUAGGUUUUGGGGUUUUGUUUCUGUUUUGUUCAUUUUAUUAAAGUACAGAAAAGCUGUAGCCCUUCCCGCUCUUGUCCACUGUCUUUCUUGUGAGCUCCGAGUCCAGAGUCUGGGCCUGCUGGACAGGCAGCCCCUCCCAGAACUGUCCCCUCUGCCCCCACGUAUUCUAGGCUGUGGCUUCUCGGCAGCAACACAUUUUAAAAGGGAUCCGCAGAGGGACAAAAGAUAAACCGUGCGCUUGGGCCACUGUCUCGGGUCACCUGAAGCUGAGUGCUUUAUUCUCAGGCCAUCACAUUUCUUUGCUGGGCAGGUGUCUGUUUGCAAGGCUGUGAUGAACCUUCUCCUGGUUACCGAGUUGCACCUUUAUAAUAAAGACACGGGCUUUUGAAUGGGGGAAGGGCUGAUGGGCCUUUGGAAAGAGCAGGAUGGGGGAGGGAGGUGGAAAUCUUGGUUUGGGGUCCUAAGCGAAGGUCAGAUGUUGCCCUGGUGACCUUCUGCCCGAGGGCCUCUUGGGAAGAGCUGUGAGCCUAGAGGAGCCUUUCCUGGGAGCACAGUGGAGCUGCCUGAACAGUGUGUCACCAGUUUCCAAGUCCAGAGUGGCGUCAGAGGCUGGCCGAGUAGGUUAAGGUCUGAAAAUCAUUAACGAGUUGACGAGAAUGGAAAAGCCUCUUUUGCUGCUGUCAGUGGGGCAAAAGAAGGCAGCCCCCAGGCUCUCAGAGAAGAUGGAAAAGCAGGUGACCAAGAGCCAGGGGUCCUGGGUCCCCAGACCCUCACUUGGCUUCUGCCUCUCUGGGUCUUGCCUCCUCUCUGGGAGGCCUCUGGGGUCGUGGCUGACUCAGUCCUCUGUGAUUCUGAGGGGCAGCAAGGCUUUCCGUCUUUCCCACCAUCAGAGUCUCACUGUGGGCAGGUGGUGUGCGUGUGUGUAUUUCCUGGUGGUACUUGGCACCUCAGACGCUCCCGCUUGGGCUGGGGCACGCACCCGAAGGUUUGCACACAUUUCAGCGUGAGGCAUGGCAUCUUGGCCGUGUCUUUAAGAAUCCAGCCUAGCUCACAACCGGGUUGACUUUACUCCAUCAGCGCUCUUAAGAGUGGCCGCCAGCUGUUCCCUGCAGCCUGAGGCUGGAUUGCAUUGGCUGGCUAUGUGUCUACAUUAUAGAUGCGUGUGUGCGUGCGUGCGUGCGUGUGUGUGUGUGUGCGUGCGUGCGUGCACGUGUGUGUUCAUGGAUGCGCGUGCACCCCUUUCCCUACCCCUGUACCUGCCAUGAGCGCAGCCCUGAGCGUCCUCAGCUUACCUAGAUGCGGUGAUUACAGCUGCUCUCUUUAGAUCUUAUGUAAUGUUCCUGGUUCAGACUCUGUUGACGAAGCUGGUUAGGGCACAGUUGCCCUAAUCGAGGGGAAAUGCCCACCCUAAGUCCCGCUCAUCUGGGGAGGGGAGCAGUGCUGGCAGCUGACAUCUGACCAGGACCCCAAAAGCAAGGCCCGUGGAGUUGGUCUUCCUGGAAGCUGCCUCAGGUACCCUGUGUCCCCUCGGGCUGUGUAUCCUGUGUGUGACAUCAUCAGUCAGGCUGGCCAAUAGGAAAUGUUUGUACACCCUCUCUGGUCACCUCCCAGCCCUCUCCCCUCUGUCCUGUGGGGGACAGGGCAGUGAGGUGCUGGGCAGCCGCGCCCCCCGUCCCCCGGCCUCCUUCCCAGCCGCAUCCUGAGAGCUCCUUGCAGCCUCUGCCCAGCUCUCCAGAGCUCCCUGCAAAGGCUUCUCCUGGGCUUUCUCCGUCCUGCUCCCCUGGGGAACGGCUAAGUUCUGAGGGGCGGUCCCCCCCUUGUCAUGUAGGGGCCCUUCUAGCGGCAGUGUCCCCAAGAAGUAGCUCUGAGAGGUGGCUUUCCUGUUCUGUGCAGGGCGGCUGGUGGGGUGAGGUGGGGAGGGGCGGGCACUGCUUAGUCUGGGGCUGAGCCGCCCUGCCUUCCAGGCCGCCAAACCAGCCCGCUCCAAAGAGGGAGUGUGUGAGCCUGUCCUGUGCCCUUCAUCCUGGGGAGCCCUGAGGGUGGCCUACAGGGAGCUAGCAGGGACCAGGGAAGCCUUUUAUCACUGAAGGUUCGCAAUCCUUUCUCAAAGGCAGAAGAAUAGAAUUAACCCUGGUACCCGUCACCCAGCCUCUGCAGUGGUCACCCUAGAGCCACUCAUCAGGAGCUGAAUGCAGCUCCCUGCUGGUUUUUGUGGUCUCUCUGAUGACAGUGAACCCUGAACCCAAUGAAGUGAAAGGGCAUCCUGUAACCCUCCCCUAUUCCAUUCCCAUUAGUAUACCUGUAUUACCAAAAAAUGGACUCAGUGAUUAUAUUUUGAAUUUCAUCAUCAAAAACGUUAUGGAAACUUGUUUUGUCUUAUACUGACAUAAUAUCGAUUUGCCUCUUCUUAGCCUUUAAAGCCCAAAAUAGGUCCCGUCCAGCCCUUUGCAGAAAAACUGCCCACUGCUGAGUUAGACCUCUGUUACUCUUCCCCCUGCAUUAUGUUGAAGAAAAUCCUAGAAAAUAAGGACUUUUAAAAAUAGUAAAAAAGUAUUUCGUUUGGAGCUUUGAAGCAGGAGAGUCAUUGAGCUGAGCAGUCUUUGAACCCCUGCUGCCUGUUGGGCGUGCGGCCCCCUCCCCCCGGCCGGCUCUGCCCCAGCUGCUCAGGAACCAGAGCCCUUUGCUCUUGCCCCUUCCCUCCUGCUGUCCAGUUCCUGGAGACCUGCUGGACCCUUGGAUCCCCAGGGCAGGGUGCUGGGGUUUGGUGUCCCGAGGGCCAGGUGUGGGGGGGGACCUGUACUGGCCCCGAGCCACGGUGGGUGGCGGCCUCCUGACUUACGUCACUGGGACUUUCCUGUCCUGGGAGGUGCAGCCUGACCUUCACCUCCAUGGUGCCUUGAGGACCUCGUAGCUCCUCGGGGUCCUGCACAUCCCUCCGCACGUGUCUGCUGCUCUUCCUCUGAUGAGGGACCUGCUUGUGGCAGCCUCAGCUUGCUGGUGGAGAGGGUUCCCUGGGCCCGAUUCCCAGUUCUGCCCCCGGAGAAGCCAGCCCCCAGGCAGCCUCACGGGGUGAAUCCCUCAUGCUGAGGUCCAGCCGGGACGGGGCCACCUCCCUGUGGCUUGGCCAUCCUUUCUGGGCCCCCCGGCUCCUUCGCUCCCUGUGCAGAUGGCCGGAGCCUGCGGCCGGUCUCUGUUAAUACCAACUGUGGAUGCUGGCUGGCCUCGCCUGGGUCACACAUUGUGCUCUGUGCUUUGCCGUUGUCUCAUUUGAGCCUCCCCACGAAGCUCUGAGGCCCCUGAAGCCUGGUUUCCAGGUGAGGAAAUCAAGACUGAGAAAUCAGACAGGGGCCCAGGGUCCUACGACUACUGGUGGGCUGAGCCGGGGUCUGGAUCCCACAUCCAGACAUGCACGCCCUCGCCCCAGACACGCAGGUGGAGCCCUUUCGUCCUUAGCACUCACUUCUGUGCUGACAUCAUCCCUGGGCUCCACGCCCUGGGUGGGGACAGCAGAGAAGGGCAUUGUUUUGUGUGCCUCCCACCAGCCCUCCCCUUGCUGGGCAAAAUCUUGCUUACUGUGUUCGCCAAUGUUCCUGUAUUGAAAGUGAUUUCUUUCUUAAAAUGCCACUUCCUCACCUUUCUCCAGAUUGGGUGACUCUUCUCUAAAGGUGGUGGGUGUCUUGAUUGGGGUGGUGUGGCCCUGGGAUGGGUCAGGUGGGUGUGACGGCAGCGGGAUGGGUCACGGCGUGGGUGGGGGGAGUGGGCAUUGAAGCAGAAGUUGUCACACUGCCACGUUUUGUACCGGAAAUAAAGCAUAUUUUGCACUUGUUACUGUACCAUUGUGCAGACGAGAGAUCUGUUUGGGGUUCUGUGCUUGGGUCAGAAAGCAAAUAAAACUCAUUUGUAAGAAA